GUUGAAAUUGAUAACAGUUGUGAAAUUUUCACUAUAUGAUAACUUACAAAAUUAAUUAAAAAAAUAAAUAGUCUUUUUUUUUUUUUUAAAAUAUAUAAAAAAAUUCCUAAAACAAUGAAUUUAUUUAAUGGAAAAUUUUUACUUGUUAUAUUUUAUGUUAUUUUAAUAUUUGGAAUUUUUCAAAUAAAAGGAGAUGAUGAAGAAGAAGUUCCAACAUAUCGUACAGUUUUUGAAAAAGGACUUCAAGGAGUUGGAGGUGCUGUUGAAGGUGCGGUUGGUGAUGUUAAAGGAAUUGUAAAUGAUAUCACUGGUAAUCAUGCUCCAAAAAACAGAACAGGAUUUGGAGAUUUACUUAAUCAAUUUUCUUCAGUAUUUCAUGCUAUUUAUCCAGGAACUGAGUGGUGUGGAUCUGGAAAUAUUGCUCCAACAAAUGAUUCACUUGGUCCAUUUAACAAAACAGAUGCUUGUUGUCGAUCUCAUGAUCAAUGUUUUAGUAAUAUUAAUGCAGGAGAAUCUAAAGGUAGACUUUUGAAUAAUGGAUUUUUCACGCGAUCAAAUUGCUUGUGUGAUCAUGAUUUUUAUAGAUGCUUAAAAAAGGCUGACACUCCAGUUGCAUCAAGUAUUGGUUACACAUAUUUUAAUAUUCUUCGACCUCAGUGUUUUGCAUUGGAAUAUCCAAUAGUAUCUUGUGAAAAAAAAGACAGCAAACGUAUUGUUGAGAAAAAGUGUCUUGAAUAUAAUCUUGAUACAAAACAAAAUAUGACGGAACAAUGGUUUGAUAAUCCAGAUUUUUAAUUGUUAAUUUUUAUGAUGAUCAAAUG